CCACCAGACCAGAUAAACAAGCUGGCCUGUCGCUAUUACUGUUCUCUGCAACUAGGAAAGGAACUCCCUCGGAUCCCGCCCAGGACCUGGAAUUCUGAAGCUUACAGACCAGACACCUUUGCACCUCGUUCCCCCUGCUCUGGCCCCACCCUCCCAUCUUUCCCCACCCCUGCACCUGGGUGGAGCCUGAUGCCAAGGCGGCAAAGCCUCUCAGUCUUCCAACCGUGCUCUGCCCAGAGCGGAGGCCAAAAGAGGGCCCUGAGCCCAGCCCCAUGAGGACGCUACUGACCAUCCUGGCCGCGGGAUCCCUGGCCGCUCACGUGGCUGAGGACACCUCGGAUCUUCUGCAACACGUAAAAUUCCAGUCCAGCAACUUCGAAAACAUCCUGACGUGGGACAGCAGGCCGGAGAGCGCCCCAGACACGGUCUACAGUGUUGAGUAUAAAAAGUAUGGAGAGAGAGAGUGGCUGGCAAAGGAGGGCUGCCAACGGAUCACCCGGAAAUCCUGCAACCUGACCUUGGAGACGGGCAACCCCACGGAGCACUACUAUGCCCGCGUAACUGCGAUCAGCGCUGGAGGCCCGUCGGCCACCAAGAUGACCGACCGGUUCAGCUCCCUGUAUCACACUACCAUCAAACCACCCAAUGUGACCUGUAUCCCCAAGGUGAGAUCCAUCCAGAUGAUUGUCCAUCCCACCACCACGCCUAUCCACACAAAGGAUGGCCACCGGCUAACCCUGGAGGACGUCUUCCCUGACCUGUCCUACCACUUAGAGCUCCAGGUCAACCACACCUACCAGAUGCACCUUGGAGGCAAGCAGAGGGAAUACGAGUUCAUUGGCCUGACCCCCGACACAGAGUUCCUUGGAACCAUCAGGAUUUUUGUUCCAGCCUUGGUCAGAAAGAGCGAGCCCUACACGUGCCGAGUGAAGACCUUGCCAGAUCGGACGUGGACAUACUCCUUCUCGGGCGCCUUCCUGUUCUCCAUGGGCUUCCUCGUCGCAGGGCUCUGCUACCUGAGCUACAGAUAUGUCACCAAGCCACCUCCACCUCCCAACUCCCUGAACGUCCAGCGAGUCCUGACCUUCCAGCCUCUGCAGUUCAUCCAGGAGCACGUGCUGAUCCCUGUCUUCGACCUGAGCAGCCCCAGCAGUCUGGCCCAGCCCGUCCAGUACUCUCAAGUCAAGGUCUCCGGGCCCAGGGAGCCCCCGGGAGCCCCAGCACUGCACAGCCUGUCUGAGAUCACCUACCUUGGGCAGCCAGACAUUUCCGUCCUCCGGCCCUCUGGAGUGCCGCCUCACCAGGCACUCUCCCCACUGUCCUGUGCGCCCCAGGCUUCCCCAGAAGUUAGGCCCCCACCCUAUGCACCUCAAGUAACCCCCGAAGCUAAACCUCCAUCAUACACGGCACAGGCCAUCUCUGAGGUCCAGCCUCCCUCCUACACUCCUCAGACCACUCCAGACAGCUGGCCUUCUUCCUAUGGGAUGUGUGUAGAAGGUUCUGGCAAAGACUCCCCACCUGUGACACUCUCUAGUCCCAAACACCUCGGGCCUAAAGGUCAGCUCCAGAAAGAGGCACCAGCUGGAAGGUAUAUCCCCGAUGGCCUUUCUCUGCAAGGGGUGACCUCCUUGGAUAUGGGGGACCCCCAGGAAGCAAAUUCCUUCCACCAGCAUCUGGGAGUUCACACCGACAGAGUACCUGUCCCCAGUGUGCUACACAGAGGGGAACUAGGGACACCGUCGUACCUGAAGGGCCAGCUCCCCCUCCUCUCCUCUGUCCAGAUCGAGGGCCACCCUGUAUCCCUCCCUUUGAACACUCCUUCCCUCCCCUGUUCCCCCACAGACCAGGAACCAAGUCCCUGGGGCCUGCUGGAGUCCCUCGUGUGUCCCAAGGACGAGGAGCCUGUAUCUGAGACUGAGGCCCAGAGCCCGGCCCCUCAGGCAUCAGACCUGAAGCAGCCCACAGAACUGGACUCUCUCUUCAGAGACCUGGCCCUGACCGUGCAGUGGGAGGCCUGAGCGGAGAACAAGGCGGGCCUGGGGCUUCCUCCCUGUCCCCGCCCUACCUCCCAUCACUGGCUGUCACUCUCACACCCGACCAUGCUGCACACUAUGCAGCCCGGCCGCAGGUGAGUGCCCUUGAAAGAACCAAAGGAAAGAGGGACACGGGGCCCCCGCCAUGGGUGAACUAUGGUUGGAGCAAAACGGCAUGAUAAGGACUGCAGCCGGGGAGUUCUGGGUAUGCAUCGUAUGCAAAUGAGCGUGUGCCAGCAGAGCCCUGAGGGGAGAAGCAGUGUGGGGAGUUAACGCAGGAGGCUUCACGGAGAUCCAACGCCCCCCCCUCCUAAGAUGCUGGACACCAAGUUCCCCAUCCCGUUCCUGGCCAGAUUCGUAAACGAGUUGGACAGAGAGUGAGGUCUCUACUUCCUCUGUGGUUCCCCUAUCCUGAGAAACUGAGUCUGGGAAGGACGCCUCAUAGCAGGCUGGGCAGAACCAGAACAACCUGCACUCUGCCAAGGCCAAGGUGGCACGAGGGAGGGGCGCGGCCCGGGGCUCAUUCCAACCCGGCUACUGCCUGAAAUCACACCAUCUCAAUUUCAUCCCCCUGCCGGGGGCUUCCCCCGUCCCCUGGAAUGCAGGUCCCAGGGAGGGAGGACACACACAAGCCUUUCCUGCCCGCAGACGACGAGGGUUCAGACCCUGUCUUGAGAGCAGGGUUUGUAAGGAACACGGACGGGGUCAUGUGGCCCCUGAAGCAGACACAACAACAAAGUGCACUUACUUCACAGCUUUGGAAACUUAGCUCAUCUGGGUUCAAAUUCCAGCCUUACCACUUACCGGCUGUCUGACUUCAAAUGAAUCACUACUCGAAACCUCAGUUUCUUCAUCUGUAAGGUGGAGAUAAUAACACCUACUUCACGGCGGUGUGGCAAGGAUGAAAUUAAUUAACGAAAUGUCUAUAAAGUACUUAAUUGUGCCUGGCACAUGCACAGUGCCCAGGAAA